CCAGGGCCGCUCCGCCCAGUGCAGCCUGUCCGGCCCCCUUGCCGCCUGCCUGCUCCCCACGGCCGGCGCUAGCUGCCGGCGCCCGGGCACCGCGGGCGGGGCCGGAGCUGGGCCUUCGCGACGCUGAAGCUGCCUAACCCCGCACGCUCAGCCCAGGGCCUCCCUCUUAGGGCCGGGCCUGUGGCGGUGGCUCCGGCUGCAAAGCAGGGUAGUGAGCGGUCGACGAGCCACAGCACCGAUCCGGCGGGGGCGGAAAAUGGCGGCGGCUUCGGAGGAGCUAAAUGGCGCCAGGACCCCUGGGGGUGGGGUGGGCUGGGCGGUUUGGUAGAGAAUUGGGCCGGGGAAUGUGGAGAGUAAAGGAGCCUUACUCGAUUUCUCGUGGUGGUCUUUUUCUAAAAUUUAUUUCGUUACCUUACCGGUUAUUAUGCGGUCUAGGAUAGGAGAGGUGGGCUUGAGAGAGCUGGGGCGGGUCUCGGCGCCCCCUCCCUUUUUCUUUUACCUUGUUUGCGUUUCAGACUCUACUCCCUUCUUUCUGGGCUCCCUCUCGCUCGGCUAUUCCUGGCCCAGGCCGAAGGAAUCGGGGUUGUGGCCGAAGCCUGUCAGCCCGGGUCCCUUAAAAAGGAAGGACAUGAGCUGAAGUGCGGAUGAGAGCCCGCCCUAGCCGGACAGGGAACGAUAGACUGCGUCGAACCUGCAUAUCCUGCGUGAAUCUCUUUGAUUGCAGUUGACUAGAUGGUGGAGCCAAAAUGCUGUUGCCCUGUCUUCAACAGCAGUGAAUCAAGUGUUGCAGGGGUAGGAACAUGGGAGAAAAACAAUCUGGAUAACAUGAAAGUGAUGCUGGUAGCUAAGGGAAGGCGACUUGAUUCUGUGGGAAGGGCUGUAGCUGAUCCAUCUGUCUUCUAGAUUUGAGUAUGAGCACAGUUGAAGAGGAUUCUGACACAGUAACAGUAGAAACUGUGAACUCUGUGACUUUGACUCGGGACACAGACGGGAACCUCAUUCUUCAUUGCCCUCAGAAUGAAGCUGAUGAAAUAGACUCAGAAGAUAGUACUGAACCUCCGCAUAAAAGGCUUUGUCUGUCUUCUGAGGAUGAUCAGAGUAUUGAUGAUUCUACUCCUUGCAUAUCAGUUGUUGCACUUCCACUUUCAGAAAAUGAUCAGAGCUUUGAGGUGACCAUGACCGCAACCACAGAGGUGGCAGAUGACGAGAUUGCUGAGGGAACUGUGACACAGAUCCAGAUUCUACAGAAUGAGCAACUAGAUGAAAUAUCUCCCUUGGGUAAUGAGGAAGUUUCAGCAGUUAGCCAAGCAUGGUUUACAACUAAAGAAGAUAAGGAUUCUCUGACUAACAAAGGACAUAAGUGGAAGCAGGGGAUGUGGUCCAAAGAAGAAAUUGAUAUUUUGAUGAACAAUAUUGAACGCUAUCUGAAGGCACGCGGAAUAAAAGAUGCCACAGAAAUCAUCUUUGAGAUGUCAAAAGACGAAAGAAAAGAUUUCUACAGGACUAUAGCAUGGGGUCUGAACCGGCCUUUGUUUGCAGUUUAUAGAAGAGUGCUUCGCAUGUAUGAUGACAGAAACCAUGUGGGAAAAUAUACACCUGAAGAAAUUGAAAAGCUCAAGGAGCUCCGGAUAAAGCAUGGCAAUGACUGGGCAACAAUAGGGGCGGCGCUAGGAAGAAGUGCAUCUUCCGUCAAAGAUCGGUGCCGACUGAUGAAGGAUACUUGCAACACAGGGAAAUGGACUGAAGAAGAAGAAAAGAGACUUGCAGAGGUGGUUCAUGAAUUGACCAGCACUGAGCCAGGUGACAUAGUCACACAGGGUGUGUCUUGGGCAGCUGUGGCAGAACGAGUGGGUACCCGCUCAGAAAAGCAGUGUCGUUCUAAAUGGCUCAACUACCUGAACUGGAAACAGAGUGGAGGUACUGAGUGGACCAAGGAAGAUGAAAUCAAUCUCAUCCUCAGGAUAGCAGAGCUUGAUGUAGCUGAUGAAAAUGACAUAAACUGGGAUCUGUUAGCGGAGGGAUGGAGCAGUGUCCGUUCACCACAGUGGCUUCGAAGUAAAUGGUGGACCAUCAAAAGGCAAAUUGCAAACCAUAAGGAUGUUUCGUUCCCUGUCUUAAUAAAAGGUCUUAAACAGUUACACGAGAAUCAAAAAAACAACCCAACGCUUUUGGAGAAUAAAUCAGGAUCUGGACUUCCAAACAGUAAUUCCAAUUCCAGCGUACAGCAUGUUCAGAUCAGAGUUGCCCGCUUGGAAGACACUACAGCCAUCUCUUCAAGCCCCAUGACAGCCUUACAGAUUCCGGUCCAGAUCACCCAUGUCUCUUCAACAGACUCUCCUGCUGCUACUGUUGACUCAGAAACAAUAACACUAAACAGUGGAACACUACAGACGUUUGAGAUUCUUCCAUCUUUCCAUUUACAGCCCACUGGCACUCCAGGCACCUACCUACUUCAAACAAGCUCAAGCCAAGGCCUUCCCCUAACUCUGACUGCUAGUCCCACAGUAACCCUGACAGCUGCUGCUCCUGCUUCUCCUGAACAGAUCAUUGUUCAUGCUUUAUCCCCGGAACAUUUGUUGAACACAAGUGACAACGUCACAGUGCAGUGUCACACACCAAGAGUCAUCAUUCAAACUGUUGCCACAGAGGACAUCAGUUCUUCCAUAUCCCAAGCAGAACUGGCUGUAGAUAAUGAUAUUCACUCAUCUGAUUUUCCUGAGCCUCCAGAUGCCCUAGAAGCAGACACUUUCCCAGAUGAAAUUCAUCAGCCUAAGAUGACUGUGGAGCCAUCAUUUAAUGAUGCUCACGUAUCCAAAUUCAGUGACCAAAGUAGCACAGAACUGAUGAAUAGUGUUAUGGUCAGAACAGAGGAAGAAAUCUCUGACACCGACCUUAAACAAGAGGAGGAAUCACCCUCUCAUUUAGCCCGGGCUUACGUUACUGAGGAUUUAGAAUCUCCUACCAUAGAAGAACAAGUUGAUCAAACAACAAUUGAUGAUGAAACGAUACUUAUCGUUCCUUCACCACAUGGCUUUAUCCAGGCAUCUGAUGUGAUAGAGACUGAAUCUGUCUUGCCUUUGACAACACUAACAGAUCCCAUACUCCAACAUCAUCGAGAAGAAUCAAAUAUCAUUGGAUCAUCUUUGGACAGUCCUGUUUCAGAAGACUCAAAGGAUGUUGAGGAUAUGGUAAACUGUCAUUAGGUAAUUCUUAGAAACAGCUAGUUCAAGCAAAGAAGCCACACUGUUAAUUACAACAUCUCCACAGAAAUAGGAGCAACUCCCAAAAGGCUUAAUUUACCAAUUCCUCUGGCUUUUAAAUAGCUACAAUGCUUAAGCCACAUAACAGCAUUGCUGCUAUGACUUUUUACCUCCUUUAAAUACAUCAGCUGAGGUCUAGUCUUACGACACUGUGUAGCUGAGUGCAGUAUGGGGUCUUAACUGCAUACAGAGAUCCCUGUGAUUAGUGUUAUUUGUCAGCAGGGACAUUCAUUCACUUGAGCUACUGAGAAAAGUUUAAAAUCACCAAAGCUUAACUACUCUGUUUUAAAAGCAGUAAUAUUCAUCUCUAAAGAUCAGACAAGGCUCUCUAUCCAGUCUCAAGCAGACCUCUUUAUAUUUCAGAGAAGUCACAUCAACAUGGUCUAGAGCUUACCAGUGACCUUCAAAAAGAUUAAGUUUGAGACUUGACCAGCCUACAAGUACAGAGGCCUAGGUAGGAGGUGACUGUGUGGUGCUUGUUUUUGGUUUACCCAUUGCUGGCAGUGGGAGCGGAUUUAGGGUGGGUAAAGAGAGGAAAGCAUUAAAAGAGUUAGGAAAAUUCACUACAGGUUUUUUUAUUAUUAUUAUUACUUUUAAAGGGAAUAUGGAGAGUAGUAACAAAACUCACCAGAAGCUAAGUAGAGUUUUCACCCUCUCAGAACCCACUGUCAUCAGUUUACAAAGUUAGCACUUUGAAGUAAAAUUAAACUAAAUGGGAAGGGGAGUAAAGUUGCCUAUCCUACACCAUGACUGUUUCUUGUAUAUGUUUUGCUAUAUAAAUUAUCCAGGAAAUAGUUGAAGGAGGGUAUCAGAGUUUGCCGUUCACUUAGUGUAAA